GACGUCACGUCCGGACAGCCAACCUCGAUGCUGGCCGGCGUCACGGCCGGCCAAUCGGCGGCGAGCGCGGCCAACGCCAGCAGCGAUUGGCCCGACAGUCUCAAGCGGUACGUGACGCGCUCGUUCGAGCGCGCCGUCACGGACGUCGAGAAGAACCGCGUGCAGUCGGUGCUGCGCGAGAAGAUCACGGCCGCCGCCGCCGUCGGGCCGCUGGCGCUCCGCGACUGGGACGCCGAGCCUCUGCCCAACCUGGCAGGGUCGUUGGCGGACCGGACCGCGCCGGCCGGCGCCGGCCAUUCACCGAUGAGGGGGCGGGGCCGGCCUCGACCGGCCAGCCAGUCAGCAGGCCGAUACUUCCGUGGCCGAUCCCGUUCAAGGAGCAGGUCUCGCUCUCCUCCGGAGCGGGGCGGGUACGGCCGGACCGGCCGCGGCGCGCGGCGCCGUAGGAACAGCAGCAGCGGCAGCUCCAGGGAUGACGAGCACCGCACGACGCCGCGCAAGAACAAGAACAGUCGGCUUGAGAAGAAGAGGGGACGCAAAGACGGCAAAGCGCACUUCUACUCGCUGAACGGCUCGGCAGGCGGCGCCACCAUCUCCACGUCGGAGCAGCUGCAGAAGCGGGCGAGCCGGUUCGCCGGCGACCGCGGGAGCUCGCGGCCAAGGCCGCGGCUGCAGCUGCAGUCGGUGCUGCAGAGCAGCGUGACGGCCGGCGAGGACGGCGAGGAACUCGACUGGUCGUCGCUCCACAUCGUCGGCACGUGCCAGGACCUCGAGAAGCGCUUCCUCCGUCUGACGGCGGCGCCCGAGGCGUCUUCGGUCCGUCCUCCGGACGUGCUGCGCCGCUCUCUGGAGCUGGUCAAGGCCAAGUGGAAGAAGACGCAGGACUACCACAACGCCUGCGACCAGCUGAAGAGCAUCCGACAGGAUCUGACGGUGCAAGGCAUUAGGGACCAGUUCACCGUGCACGUGUACGAGACGCACGCCCGCAUCGCGCUGGAGAAGAAGGACCACACCGAGUUCAACCAGUGCCAGACGCAGCUGAAGGCGCUGUACCGCGAGGUGGGCGGCGUCAACCGGCUGGAGUUCACCGCCUACCGCCUGCUCUACUUCAUUUUCACCAAGGCCAUCACCGACAUCACCACCACGCUGGCCACGCUGACGGACGAGGACAAGCGGGACGAGUCGGUGAAGCACGCGCUGCAAGUGCGCACGGCCUGGUCGCACGGCAACUUCGUCAGGUUCUUCCGGCUGUACCAGGUGGCGCCCAAGAUGUCUGGCUUCCUCAUGGACUGGUUUGUGGAGCGCGAGCGGAAGGAGGCGCUCCGGAAGGUCAUCAAAACAUACCGGCCGGGGGUUGACGUAGCGUUUGUGUGCGGCGCGCUGGCCUGCACGCGGCCCCAGUUUGAGGCGCUGGCCGCGCCGGCCGGCCUGGUCUUCUCCGACGUCGGCCGCGCCCAGCUCGAUUGUAAGGCGAGCAUGGCCUGUCUGGCGGCGCUGUGAGGCGGGGCGGGGUGGCGCGCACAGCGGGCGGGAGCGGCGGCCAUCGGCGUGGACAUCGAGCGUCAAGGGAUAGCGGACGUGGAAAUCAGGAGAGGUCAGGACCAGGAAAGACCGGGAGAAGUCAGGACCGGCGGGGGAUCGCGGUCAGCUGAGUAACAGCUGACCGCGAUCCCGGCGGCGACGAGCUCAGCGGACAUGCAGGGAUGGCCCGGGACGGGAGACCAGACGCCGGCCGCCAGUGCGGCGGACAAGAGGACAAGAGGCAGGAGUCGGCGCCGAGCGAGCGGAUGUGAAGAGCCAGCGGACACAGAUGACGGACAUGAAGAACCGGCGGACGCAAAUGAAUGGCACAAAGGGCCCGAGGACACGGAUGACGGACACGAAGAGCCGGCGGACACGGAUGACGGACACGAAGAGCCGGCGGACACGGAGAACGAGCAUGAAGAGUCGGCGGACACGGAGAACGAGCACGAAGAGCCGGCGGACACGGAGAACGAGCACGAAGAGCCGGCGGACACGGAGAACGAGCACGAAGAGCCGGCGGACACGGGCGACGGGCGUGGUGCAGCGACGGUCAGCGGGCUUGCAAGGCAACAGAAACAUACACGACGAUUGCAUACGAAACAUGCAUGACAUAACAGGUGAGAACACAAUCCUGCUUGUACGGAACCGAAAACGGUGGCGACGUUAUGUCGAUCAGGCAAGGAAACGUGGCCAGGGCGAGCAAACAAUAAGGUGGCUUCAAGAGUAGGCAUACGGGAGGAGGGUCCGGAGAGCGGAUUUGGAGAAGGUCUCAGGGUUACCAGUAGACGCCCGGGGCUGGCGGCGUUGCGGCGACGGGCACAAGGAGAGCGCCACGUCCGGAGGGGUUGGUAGGGAUACGAAAGAGGCACGUUGUAGGCACUGGGUUCGAAAUGAGACGGUGUCAAACUACAGCAAGAUCAAAACGCGGUUAGCCCCUUUCAAGACGCCGCCGUUCAAGACUCGGGUGUCAUAGUUUCAGAGUAACUGUUUUGUGACAUCGGUUUUGUCGCAGCUUGUGUGGGUGGAAGAUCGAUGGAUUCGUAAAUGGAAGCUGGGCGGCUGGGCAUCUGCAGUGGGCCGCACGAGGAUGACGCGAGCUGACCGAACCCCGACUGCGGAGGAGCGGCGUCGCGUCCGGGGAGAGGCGCUGGGGGCCAGCCAGUGACGUCAUACGCCAUCAAUCAGUGGCAUCACACGCCAUCAGUCGGUGACGUCAUACACCAGCCGGGGACGUCACACAACGUCAGUCGGUGACUUCACACGCCGUCAGGCGGCUGCUGUUGGCCGCGCCCCCGGAAGACGCGGGUGCAGCCCGUUCUCAGCAGGAGAGGCGAGUCUGCGGCAGAGUCAAGUGUCCCAGGGGAAGCCGCAAUCUGUGGAGAUGCAGGUUUGACUUCCGCUGCUGCAUGAUGGGGUUGUCUGGCUCUCCGGUACUCUUCCGCCGGGUGGAUUUUCGGUACGGUCUGGUCCAUGUUUCCUCGGUUAGCUCCUCAUUCCGCUAGGUUUCGUGCUAUGCCAGAUAUUGAUCCCUGCUUCGAGUCGUUUUUUGUUUCGCUGCAACGUCAUUCUACAAGUCGCAACUUCCGGCGGGCCACUGCACUUUUUGUUAUUUAUUACGUUAUAUAGCACGUGAAGCUCUUCCUGGGUGGCGCUCCGCACUCCAGCGUGAAGAUUCGCUGGUGGCGAUGCCGGUGUGACCGAUCGGACGCUGGGCCGGCCUGCUGCCUUCUGCCCCCGGUGGCGGCGCCCCUGUCGCGCCGCGCCUCCCCGAAAGUCUGAAACUACGGCGACUAGGGGCGGCCGGCGGGCGCGACGGCGGGAGCCGCGCACGGCGUCGGUCGCCGUCGCGCUCCGUCAGCGGCCAGCGAGCCGGGCCCCAGCGCCGCGGCGCACGCGAGAGGGAAGCGGAGCGGUUCAGCAGGGAAGCGGAGCGACGCUGGCAACGCGAGACACGAGCCGCGCCGCCGCCGCCGCCGCCGCCACCCCCGGCCCCGCCCCGCCUCGCGCGCGGUCCGGGAGCGAAGCAGUUCAUCCGCCGGCGCCGCCGUCUCGGCAUCGGCGGCGUUCCCCUCUCUCCUUGUCUCUUUGUCUUUCUUCCCCCCCCCCCCCCUCUCUCGCUGAACGUUUGCAGGUGCGUCCUCGGGUGUGGGCCGCAAAGUGCCGACCGUGUCGCCGUGCAACCCUCGACGAUUCCGGCCCGUCCCGGCGGCGCGGACCGGAGCCUCUGUCGGCGGAGCCCGUUCGCCGCCGCGGCGUCACCGUUGACUGGCGUCUCGACGGCAGCGCGUCCCCGUUCUGCUGGUCCACCGCGGCGCGCGCCCCCGCGGUAACCCGAGCCGGGGCCGCGCCGUGCCGGCGUCUCCCCGCCGGAGCGGCGGAUCUCGUCUCUGGUGUGUCGUCCCGGGCCGGCGCGGCCCUCCAGCUCAGAUUCAGCGGCCUUUGCGGCUGUUGGCCGUUCUGUCCCUGGCGGUCGGACCAGUCGUGCCGCUGGCGGCCGCCGCAGUACCUGUGGCGCCUCUGGCGGCCGCGCGUGAGUUACCGCUCCCGGCCGCUUCGUGCCGCGCGGCGACGCUUGGUGAUCUAGUUUUGGAUCGCCGGUGACAGGUGGCAGCACCUGUGAUCUGGCCCACGGGCCCUUCCUCAUCGUGUAAAUAAGUCAUACGCAUAGGUCAAUAAACGCGGUGCUGCA